GUGCACGGCUAAAAAUCACCAGAAAACAACCCAUCAGGCCCUCGAACACCACCCUGUUAAAAUUGGACUAAAUAGGCAUACUUCUACAUCAAUCUUACUCAUCUGGUUUAAUCCAUCAGUAGUUCAUGGCAAUACGUAAGAAUUAAAAAAGCAUUAACCAGAACUAAAUGAACCCUGUCUCUUUAAAUACAGCAGAGAAGACGCGAUUCGUGGAGCCGUGGAGCGAGAAGCCCGUUACUUGGCUCGGCUGGACUGCCUAAACCUCCUUAAGCGCUAAUAAGGAAGUAAUGGAUUUAUAACAGGGUAGCAAAUGGAAAUGGAACUAAAUGAGCUACCUAGGUGGAAAGAAAAAGAAUGCAAAGAGCUACAGGCCUGCAAGUUCUCUUGUCAAAAGACAACACUGCAGAAUGUCAGAAAGCAGCUCCAAGACAUGCGUGAAAAAUUUAACAAGUUAAAAGAAGAUUUUGUCUAUAAUCUGAGAAUUUUAGAAGAGAGAGAUAAAGAGUUAGAACGCUAUGAUGCCAUGGUCGCUCAUCUGCGAACUUCUGAAAAUGCUAAAGAGGCAGAGAUUAGUGAUCUUAGAGUACAGCUAGAUAAACUGGAGCAAGCACUUGUGAAGGAAAGAAAAAAACGAGAGGAACUUCAUUAUCACUAUCAACAAAACCUUGAAGACCAUAAGUUAGAGCUGGAACAGUUUUGCAGGCUUCCUUGCAGGAAAGAAGUCCUUUGGGCCGUAUCCAGCCACAGGAGGACCAGGAUUUACAGCUUAUCAAACUCUAAGAACAGCAACAUAGGUCAUCAGCAUGAGAACUUUGUGAGCCUGAAACGUGUCAUGGAAAGAAAACUCCAAGACCUGGAAGGAGAGCUUGCUGGUCGGAAACAGGAAAUGCUAGCUGAAUUUGAUGCAGAAAUGAAAAGGCGAGAAUGUGAGUUUCGACAGCAGAUGAACAAAAUGGGUAACUUAAUUCUGUCCCAUGAAGUUAAGGUUAAGCUGCUGACCAAAGAACUGGAGGCCCUGAAAGAGGCUGGAAGGAGAGCUGCAGAAUCACUACAAACAGCAGAAACAAUUAAUUUGAAACUGAAGAAAGAGAUCAAAUUCAAGGAUUGGGAAUUUAAAGAUUCUGUAGCUGUGGAAGAUGCUCGACAUGAAGUAGUAGAUCACGCUGCCAAGGAAAAGGCUGCGGUGCCAGCUUCAGCAAAAGAAACUCAAGUCGAACAAUUACAAAAUUUGGAGAAGCAAAUUAGGGAACUGCAAAUAAGACAUCAAAGUCUGGAAACGGAGCUACAGAGAAAAGAAUGGAGUUACAGUGCUUGCUUAAGAGAGAAAGAUGCCCUCAUUGGAAAACUUCAAGAAGAACUUGUAACACUAAAAACAGGCUGGCAUUCUCAUCUGACUGAGAUUUCUAAAGAGUUUGCUUCUAAAGACUUCCAAAUUCAAUCAAUGCAUGAAGAAGAUAAGUUAAUGAGGACAAAAUUGGCCAAGUUCCAGGAAGAUGCAGAAUGGUAUAAACAACAACUGGCUCCAGCAGCUGAGGGAGAAUGGGUUCUGGAACAGAGUAAAACACAAGAAGAACUGGACUGGCAGCAGCGCUAUGAGAAUACUGAAAGAAAUCAGUCUCAGAAAUCAGAGGACCUAAUACAAAGCCUGUCUUCAGCAAGCGAGCAGGUAUGUCUAUGUGAUGAUAAAAGUUCUCUUAGCAAGGAUUUUCCUACCUUGGAAGUACAAAAACUUCAGAAGCAGAAUGACAACCUUCGGGCUACUAUUGCACAAAUGAGGAAAGAAAUGGAGAGUCUUGAUGAGCAGAUGCUACCCUCUCAUCCUCUGACAGAAAACAGACAGCUUGCAGAGCAGGCUAACACUGGCAUAACUACAGAAAUCUCAACACUUACACCAGGUUCAUCAUGCACAGACAAAGUUUCCACUAGAACCACUUUAAACAAUAUCAAAGUGAGCGCUGCUAACUUGGAUUUAAUAGUAAAGCCACACAAAGAAAAGGGGCCAAAAAACAAAGUUCCUCAAGAAAAGAUGGUAGAUCAUGGACAACAGUUGUCUGAUGUAGGGCCUGGUGAUGGUCUUCCAUAUUGGGUGGGUUGCAGUCUACAAGGAAUACGGAAUAAACUGAAGGAAGCAGCGAAAAAAAUCUUGAUUUUAAGCCAAGAGAAGCAGCAGCUAAUUGAAAUGGGAAACAGGCUCAGAGCAGAACUUGGAAGGGUAUCAAAGGAAGGACUUCAGCAUCCUGUUAGCUCUAAGUGCUGCACGGUUUGUGUUGCCUCUGGUAGUCUUUCUCCAAGAGAGCUUGUCAAAAGAGUACAGUGUCAGCUUUCAGCUUUAAAGCAUCUACAGUACAAGCUUGCAACACAGGUUCAGCUAGAUUCCUCUAUUGAAAGUUGUUGGCCAGAGCAACAAAAGGCAUGUACAUCCUCAGAGCUCAUUGAAAGUCAGCCACUCAGGGAGAGUCCUAGUCGAGCCCAGCAGGUCUGGCUUUCUUCAUCUAGAACGCAUAGUUCCUGCCAAGAUAUUUGGCACGCUUUAGAAAUGGGAUCAAGCCCUUCUAUUCUCAGUCCUCAAAACAACACUGGCCGAGGAGUGGAGUUUGAAGUGAUAGAUAAAACUGAGAUGCCUGAAGAAUCUCAGCAAAAUAUUGAAGCCAAGGAUAAAGUUGAAAUGCCAGCUACACUUUUGACAGUCACAGGAACCAAGUUGGAAGUUCAGCAGAAGUUAAAAUCCAGGAAUUUGUCUUGUGCUCAUCCCAUAAAGCCAAAAAAAUUCUCUUCCAACAUGGCAAAAAUCCGUAACUACAACAUUAAAGACUGAUUUCUUUGUUGGCAGCAAGUUUCAUGUCCACACUUGCAAUUUAUUUAUUUUUAAACCCAUGAAUCAGAUUUAAAUAUUGGCUUUGGUGUUCAUUUUUAUAUGCAAAGUUGGGAUAUUUGGGGCCGAAAGAGCGAACAAAUGCUCUGUUUCAUGCUGCAAGCUAAAAUAAAGGAUUAAUCUGCGUACGUGAUAAGAUUAUCAUCCUUACUGUUAAUACUGAUUUAUUUUAAUUAUAUAUGUUAAAUAUUGCUUGCAUCAUGGAUUUAGAAAUGCCCAGUUAAUACACAUGUAAAUCCUUUUGCCUUUAGACAAAGCUAGCAGGUCUUUAGCAAAUAUUUUGUUGAGAAACUGUAGAGGUGUUUUAAGCUUAGAAGUGGGAUGCGUCAACCUACUUGUUUUCUUAUAAUUAACAAUGCAACCGUUAAUCCUGUGCAGCUCUCUUUCCACUUGAGAGAAAGGUAGUUGAAAAGAUUACACCUGAAUUUGUAUUGUAUCUCAUCUUCUGUAGUUGUUUCCACCUCCUGAGAAAGAGUAUACAGUCAAAAAUCUAUCAUCACACCAUAAUACUGUUUUUCUUUAACAAGAGAUUUCACAAAGUUUAGAGCAGCGAAGAACAUGUUCAUUAGUAACACUUAGAACCUUUCAGAAGCGCUAUAGGAAAUAAGUCUUAAAACAGAUGAAGCUAAAAGAAAACUUGAGUGAGUUGUGAUGGAAUGAGGAAUACCUGUGUAGUUAU